CAUCGUGUCAAGUUGACAAAACCUUACCAGCACACUAUCCAAGAGCUGGCCUUGGAUUGUGGGAAGGUCUCCUAGUUGGUGCCAUGCUGGGAGGUCCUAGGAACCCUGGAGACAGCCUGAUACUCUCUUUGCCUCUAUAUUUCCGGGUCCUGUCACCUCACCCCAAGCACACCACCCACCCGGAGCAAGAGCUCAAGGCCGUGCUGUUCUCCUGGCCCACAGAGCCCAGUCCGGACCACACAUCCGACCCCCCUCGGAAAGAGGGAGAGAUCCCCGCCGCUCCGUUUUGUUUCAAUGCCUGGGGAACCCUGUCUACAAAAAUGACAGCUCGAGCCCUCUGGCUUCUCUGUUUGAUCGUCGGAUGGUCCCCCGAAGCCCCGGUGGCGGAGAGAAAAGCCCCGCCGCCGCACCGAAAGCCCGACUCCCGGGAGACUCCAGGGCCACGCGCGCAGCCGCUGCCCGAGUUCUCGCGCCGCCCGCGUGCCGCCUACGCAGGACCGCGCGCCUGGCCCGACCCCCGGCGCCGGAAGACCGCGCCGCCCGCCGACAACCGCGCCGGCUUCCGGGAUGCAGUGCACGCGCCCGCGGCGCUUCCGGGCCCGCGCCUCGCGCAGGCGGAGAACCGCGCGUCCCCGCCCGAGGACUCUCCGCGGCGCGCGCUCUCUCGGGCCGUGCGACCUCCGGGCGCGCGCGCCGCCAGCCCCGCCCACCCGAACCGGCCGCGCGCAGCAGCGCAGCCCUCUGGGACCCCGCAGGCGCUGUCGCCGGAGGACAGGGAGCCAGAGACUCAGUCCUGCGCGCGCGCCUGCAGCGCGGACGCGGACGAGUGGGAGGCCUAUUGCGCCAGCGAAUUCGCAGCGGUGAAUGGAAUCGUGCACGACGUGGACGUGUUGGGCGCGGGCAUGCGCCUGGUGACUCUUCUGGUGGACCCCGACGGGCUGUACAAGAUGAGCCGCCUGUACAUCACUCCCGACGGCUUUUUCUUCCGCGUGCAUAUACUAGCCCUGGACUCCUCCAGUUGCCAUAAGCCGUGUCCAGAAUUUAAACCCGGUAUCGAAAUCCCGUCCCCCGAAAAGGCCAUUCAUCGUGUCCUUUAUAAUGCUACUGGGGACCUGAGUGCUGCAGCCCAGCUUCUGUUGGUCACCCCAGCACCCAACUCCCUUUUCAAAGACCAGGCGUUGAGCAGGGCCUCACAUACGCCAGGCAAGCAUGUCAUAAGUUACACUCCCAGAAUUUGUCUUUUUCAGACAGGCUCUUGAUAGAAAGCCUGGCCUCGAAAUUCCGGUAAUCCUCUUCCUUCAGCCUUAACAUAUGCUGGGUUACUGGUGGAGCUCAACCCCAGCUCCUUCGUGACCAAACAGUAACUACUGUUUAACCAAUAGAGUUUAGAUGACAGCUGUACCUUUUCAGCUCCCUCAAGGUGAGAACAUUGGUUGGCACAGAACAGGCCAGCGGUGAUGGUGCAACUCCAGCAUCCAGGAGCAAUUUGGAAACAUGAAGGGUCAGAAGUUCAAGGUCAUCUCCCCCAAAGCCAGCUUUGGCUAAAACAAGACAAAUCCCCAAACACCGAUAUGUUGAUACCUAGGUUGACACUUCUUUGUUUCUUUGUUUUGUUUUUUUCUUUUCUUUUUUUGUUUUUUUUUCGAGACAGGGUUUCUCUGUGUAGCCCUGGCUGUCUUGGAACUCACUCUAGACCAGGCUGGCCUCGAACUCAGAAAUCCACCUGCCUCUGUCUCCCAAGUGCUGGGAUUAAAGGCGUGUGCCACCACCGCCUGGCCGACACUACUUUCAAAAGGAAUGCCUAGGGGCUUCUACUGUCCAGCACUGAGAUGAGAAAGGCCUCUUCCGGGCAGUGGCAGUGUAGGGGAUUCCUAUUCUCACUUCUUCCUAGAGAUGGUCUCCGAAGAAUGCUUUGUUUUGAAAUGUUGCCAGUCUGUAGGUUACCUGUUCUAAUGUUUUUCGCCUGUUGCCAAUAGUUUAAAUUGCUACAAGCACAGCAAGGUAACGAGAUUCAAGCUCAGAUGUCAUUGUUUCUUGGCAUUUAGAUGACACCGUUUCUCUUAUGCUUUUUGUUCAGGAAGCAGGUAUAUUGUGAUGGGCCACAUCUACCAUAAGAGACGGCAGCUCCCCAGUGCGCUGCUCCAGGUCCUAAGGGGGCGCCUGCGUCCAGGAGACGGGCUGAUCCGGGGUAGCAGCAGCUACGUGAAGAGGUUUAACCGAAAGCGGGAGUGGCAAGUUCGAGGUGCCACCCACACCCAGUGCAUUUGAACUUGGCACUUGGGGUCGGUCUUCACGUGACGGGAAGCUUCUGUGAAACCGGGCUACCUUAUGGACUCCGUGUGCGGCUUAGCUGUCACUUUAUCUACAAAAUGCUGACAGGUGUGCUUCAGGACACUGUGCGAAAGUCCCUCGAGGGCAGUCAUGCACACAACCCAGACACCAGACCCCGUGGGCCAACAGAUCACACCAUUUUUGCUGUUUUUAAGUUAUUUUAAUUUAAUACAUUCCCCCCAGUGGAGACAGUUCACAAAACAGUUCUCGAAUUUAAAUAUACAACUUUGACUAGUAUCUAUCACGUGGUGUCAAGCCAGAUUUUGUAUUUAAAGCAUGGAGUUUUAAAUUCCACAUGCGGGAGUAAACACCCUGGUCAUUUACAUAUGAAAUGUCAUAUAGAUCAAACAGCAGCCAAGUGCAAAAACUAUUACAUUUCAAGGGCUAAUUCAAGCAAAACACCAUUCAAGGUGUGUUCCUGCUGUACCACACAAUACAAGCCCCUGUGUAUUGCCAUGCCUCCUUGCUCCCAGCAACCUGUUUUGUGCCAAACUGGCAUCGAUUCCAGGACGUUUUCUGGUGUAUCUGAUGCCAUUUUGAUGUUAAGACCUGGUAAUAUCAUGAUUGUGUUUGCAAAACAGUAAAUCUCGCUGUGAAAUCAGAAA